AUGAAGAUGAUAAAGCAUACUUUUCAGAAAUUUAUGGACUAUGUAAAGAAAAGAUUUCAACCAGACCAUCCAUUUGCGAAUGAUGCAUUGUUUGAACACACUCGAUAUAAAAGACAACGAUACCAAAGACAUAGACACACUCAAAGUAACCCAUUACCAGACAGUCGACAUCUAUCGAGUUGUAUGACAGUUCAUUCAGAGAACUUGACAGCAAAAGAGUUUGCAGAUAUAGCAGGCAUUAAGAUAGUAGAAGACAUGGAUAGUGAUGUACCUUCUUUAAUGAUCAGUACGAGUUCGAUACUCCUGAAUGAUAGUACAAUUCAUCAAAGUGAUAUUUGGGAUGAUUGUUUUUGGCAGAAACCAGGCUAUAAACAAGAUACACAGAGUACAUGGAUAAAAAAAGGACGGUUUGAGAUACCUUUUGAUCAUCCUGUAUCAUUGUUAGAGACAACAACUGAGUUGUAA